CACUUCUAGCUUUACACCUUUGUUACGACAAGAAAUGCUGCAAACAAAAUCUCAAAGCCUUAGAAAACUAAUUUUACAAGGAAUCAAGUUUGACAAAGAUAAUCUUACAAAUAUUGCACCAAACUUAGAGAUUUUAUCAAUAAAGUGUUCAUUUGGAAAUCCUUUUGAGAGAGAGUUAAGUAAUGAAGUAAAAGAGGAAUUUAUUUUGUUGCUUAGUCAAAAUUGUCCAAACAUGACUACUUUAUGUUCUAUAACUGACAAUUUUAUAUUCUCUUCAACACUUAAAAUAUUUAAAAAACUUUGUCAACUUCAAAUAGGAGGAUUUGCUUAUUAUGAUCUUCCUUAUAGUAAUCAAGAUUACUUGCAAGCCUUAGUUAGAUAUUUGUCUAGCUCUUUAAAAGUUCUUAACUUACUUAAUAUUCAUGAUUAUAGUCAUGAAAACUUGGAUCGUUUUUUACAAGAUUUUGAUGUAGAAAGGGUUAAGUUAGAAGUUCUUAUAUUACCUUUUAAUAUUGAGUUUGAUCUACUUCCAAAUUUAAGAAAAUUUGUUGAAAAAGCCAAAAAUUUAAGGUAUAUAGAAUUAGUGAGAUCAGAAAAUUGUGAUGUAGAAAAACAAAAAGACAGUGAGAAAGAAAUAAUUGAUCUUUGUCAU